AUGAGGUAAUUUUAAUAUAGUGAUGAAGAUGUUCCUCCUUUAGAAGAUAUGACUGAUUAUCUAAUACAAAGAGGAAAAUAUAUUCCACCAGAAGAAGUUAAAGUUUCACAGCCUCCACCACUGCCAGUUCAAGAGCCCCAGCCAAUUUCCAACUCCUCUCUAUAAAUGAAUAUGCCAUCGAUAAAUCCUAAUUUUUGGGAAACUACAUCCGCGAGAUAUAAAUAUUUUUUCAUAAUUUUUAUAAAAAUGGUUUGAUACAUAAGUAAUAAUAUUAUAGCGAAAUUUUCAAAUAAUGUAUAUUUUGAAAGCUCUCAUUCUAACAUAAAAAUUAUGCAUAAAUUACAUUUUUUACUAGCUUUCCAAAAAAAUUAACCCUUCAUCAUCAAUAAAAAAUUUCUGACUUAUGAAAAAGAGAGGGAUUAAGCCUCCUCCGAAAAAAGAAAAAUUUGGAGAUGGGCUCAAAAAAGGGUUUUUUGAUAAUCCUCCCAAGUCCAAGCCAAAAGCUCAACCAAAAGUUAAAGAAAUUACCACUUUAAAAGCUAAAACAGCAAAAGAAAGCCCAUUAGUUAUACCAGAAGUCCAACAAGCAAUGCAUUAUUUAAACACAAACACUGAGUCUUGACUUACUCCAAACCUCCUUGAACAGUUCGCUGGAAAUCCUUUACUAGCCCGAGGUUUAACGAAUCCACGGAUAAUGGGUGCAGUUGAAGAGCUCAAAGCAAAUCCCAAUCUUGCCAAAACGAAGUAUCAAAACGACAUGGAAGUCCAAGAGUUUUACAGGGAGUUCUCAAGGAUCAUGGCUUCACACUUUGGAAAUCUAGCUCAAACCCAAGGCAAAUAA